AUGACUUCGAGGAAGCAUCUACAAGAAUCAUGGAGACAUUCGUCCGGUUUCUUGAAUGAUGACGCGAACAAAUAUGCCUUUACAAAUAUCUCCACACUAAAGCUUCACAAGCUCAAGCUCAACAUAACCAACCCUCCGCAUUCGCACACAGUAUCAUAUUGCCUUGGUGUGUUGACUAGGAGAUGCCCAGAAUUGCAGUCAUUGAAAUAUUAUGGAUGUGACGAGGACGACGAUGGAGUUGAUGAUAUUGGCGGGAAUAAGCUACCUUUGUACGAUAGAUUCUACAGGACAGCAUUCCUUCAGCAACCCUGGGUAUUCAAAAGGUUGUCCAGUCUAUUCUUCCCCGCCACAUAUAUAAAGGACGAAGAUAUGGCAGCAAUUCUUAGGCAGAUGACUAUGCUAAAACAACUCACCAUUUCGGAGCUUCUAUUUAUUUUUUCUGACCCUGCUGAUGAUUUGGAUGAUUUCGGUCAGCUCUCUAUCCGGGAAUUGCUAGCAGACAAACAAAUGACAUUGAAAAAUGGGCACAUGGUACAAGAGACAAGGUUCCGGAGGCUAUGUGAGACAAUCGAGGAAAUAACGUUUGAUGUAUACGGCUUCAAGGCGGAUGGUAUUAUGCAGACGAUUUUAUCCAAUUGUCCAUGCCUGAAACGACUGACAGGACCUAGAAUCACGGUGACAGAAAUUGUCAAUGGUGCAGAAUGGGUCAGCACCGAGUUGACUGACCUGAACAUCUAUCUCAAGGCUGACGUUGAUCAAGAAACGCCGGAAGGCAUGGAGAAGCAGCGCAUUGUGUUUAGACAGCUAGGGAAAUUGACCCGAUUACGCUCCCUUGAUCUGGUAGCACAGCGGUGUAACACGGAUGGUAGAACACAGACGCUGGACUUGACGCUAAGAGCGAGUUUAGAUGAACAAGCUAAUCUGAAGAAUCUAGAGAAGUUAGCGUUCAAGUCCGAUGCAUCUCAACGGAUGCAACUAGAGGAUGCGACAUGGAUCGUGAACAAUUGGCCAAAACUUAAAGAGUUGCAAGGCUCCAUGAACAACUCAGUUGUAUGCGAUUCGAUAGUUGCCGUACUUCGGUCGCGUGGAUCCUUGUCGUUCCGAUUAUAG